UGCAUGCACGAACACCAAAACACAGUUUGCACAGAAUCGUAUUUCGUCGCGCGUUUCGUAACCUUUUUGCCAUAAAAUACAACUAAACGUAAACCAUAAACUAUAUAGAUGCAAACAUGUUAUUGCGAUUAACCGUAAAUACCACUCGAAAAUUGUUGUUAAAUACAAACAUAAGUUCUCAGAAAUUAGCAAAAUGCAAAUUCAGUCGCCUCGCCACCCCUAUUACAAAUAUUAUACCCAGAAACAAUUGCACAUUCGACGUUCAUAAACAUUCAAAAGUUAAUGGUAUUUUUUGCGUUCGAUAUCAAAGUACGGUGGAUGCGACGAAGGAGACUGUAUUAAAUACUCAACCAAGUCCACCAGCACCACAGACAGCGAAUGCACUGGAAACCACAAAUAACACUGUACCAGAAAAUGUAUUUAUCAGUGAAAUACCAGAUAUACCUGCACCACAGAUACCAGAAAUAAUAGAAACUAUUGUUAAACUACAUCCAAAUGGAGAGCCUAUGUUCUCAAGUAUAGGAUUGUGUGGAUAUAGUCCUAUCGGUGCUAUACAAUACGCUUUGGAAUGGUUACAUAUUUAUUGCGAUAUGCCAUGGUGGGCAGCAAUUGCAUUUGGCACUGUAUGUGUCAGAACACUACUGUUCCCAUUAAUAAUAUUAACACAGAAAAAUAAUGUCAUGUUAAACAACAAUCUAGCAGGCAUGCGAAGAAUACAGGAGAAAAUAACAGAAUCAAGACAAUGUGGAAAUGAAUAUGAAGUUGCCAAGUAUGGUCAUGAUUUAACAAAUUAUAUGAAAGAAAAGAAUAUUAAUCCAUUGAAGACUAUGUUCAUAGGCUUGUCGCAAAUGCCAGUAUUUGUUUCAUUCUUUUUGGCUUUGAGACAAAUGGCCAAUCUACCUGUCGAAAGUUUAAGUAAUGGCGGAUUGUGGUGGUUUACAGAUUUAACUGCUAAUGAUCCCUAUUAUAUACUACCUGUAAUCACUUGCACGACAGUACUCGCGACACUUAUGCACGGCGGUAGUUUAAAAAAUGUAGAAGGUAUACUUAAACAUGUAAUUCGUGCUGUGCCAUUUGUUAUGUUUCCGUUUCUAAUAAACUUUCCAGCGGUUAUUUUGUGCUAUUGGGUGUCAACAAACUUUUUCACCCUGCUUCAAGUCUCGCUUCUAAAAAUCGAUAGAAUAAGAAAAUUCUUCGACAUACCGGAACAUAUAAAACAGCAGGAAGCGUUUCCUCAGAAACGAAAAAGCUUCAUGGAUGAACUAAAUAAUUCUUGGACCAAUAUCAAAAUAUCUAAACAGUUGGCGAACAAAAAACACGCGGAUUCGACGUUAUUUAAUGAGGCGGGAAAAGGCCCUUUAAAGAAAACAUUCAAAUACAAUCCAUCAAAAACGCCAAAGAUAGCAGUACAAGCUGCAUCAAAGAAAAGCUAAUAUUUCGUACAUGAUCGUAUGUAGAUAUAAUUGUACCAUACUUGAUUAAUUCUAACGAUACUUUAAUAAUAAAUGAUUUCAAACACACU